AUGAGUCGAAAUUGGAUUCCGGCGCUUGUAGCCAUCGGAGUGGGAGUCUUCUCAGGCCAUUAUACCUUCCAACCUUUACUGAAGGAUUUGCAGAUGGAGAAGGCAGGUUCCCAGCGACUUCAACUUGGGGAGCAAACCGUAGCGCCUAAUGGCGCUCAGUCCCCUACUGCGAACAUCAAAGAAGGCUCGAACGCUCCAGUGACGAAAAAUACAGAAACAACGCAGGGCGGAAAUCCAAAGUAG